CACUCCAAACGGCGUCGAACCGCUAUUUCCAUUUACGACAUCGUUUGUGUGCAUGGUCGGUCGGUGGCUUACCUUCCGUCUUCAUUUGACAAACGGAGGUUCCAUCGUCUCUUCUUCCGCUUGAAGAAACAAUUCCCUCCGAUAAUCUGGUCACCUGCUGGGAAUUGGCCAACGUAACAUCUUUAUGAUCUGCAUUGGCCACGUCGGGGGUGGGCCGAUGCAGUCGUGAAUUUCUGUCGAAGUUGUCGAAGCAUCGACUCUUAAUGGUAUUGAAAUUGUUUUUCGAAGAUGACGUUAAGCUUGAAUCCACCGUUGAUUGAAGGAAUCAAAUGUGAAAAUCGUCGAAACGAUGUCCCUGAUAAAAGUACCAAGGAGGAUGGGAAAGAAAACGAAGAGGAAGAUGAGGUGGAUGAUGCUGAUUUCAAUCCCUUUUUAAAGGAAACAGCUUCACCAGAAGCUUCAUCGAGCUUGAGCUCGGAAAUUGAAGGUCUGGAUGGUGCUGUUGUUGAUAGCAAUGCGAACCCAGAUCCAUGAAAGCCAGUUGGUGAGGUGCAUAGACGUGAUGAUGGAGAUUCUGAACAUGGAGAGGAGGAGGUGGUGAUGCAAGCUGCUGAUUCUUCGGAAACUGUGCACGAAAAUAGUAGUAAUCCAGGAAAAAUGAAGAAGAGAAAGUUGGUUUCAUUAUCUCAUACAGACGUCGAAGCAUCUAGUCAAGAAAAUGAUGCUGGUGAUAUCAUGGUUAGAGAGUUGGAUGAGAGUAACGCCAUGGAUACCCGGGAAAAGCCCAUGACAGUGCAUUCCGAUGAUGAGGAUGCUAUAUGCAAGCGUACUAGGGCACGCUAUUCGCUUGCUAGUAUCACUCUUGACGAACUCGAGGCAUUUCUUCAGGAAACUGAUGACGAGGAUGAUUUUCAAAAUGUUGAUGAUCAAGAGGAGUACAGGAAAUUUCUUGCAGCAGUUUUACUUGCUAAAGAUGGUGAUGGACCAACAAACCAUGAAAAUGAAACUGUUGAUGACGAUGAAGAUGAGGAUAAUGAUGCAGACUUCGAGAUAGAACUUGAAGAGGCACUCGAGAGUGAUUUUGAUGAAGGUACAUCAACUAAGGCACAGAAAGAGGAGAGUGAAAGAAUAGGAAGGCGGCCAGAGACCAGGCUGAAUAGACAGAAAAAAGCCACUGCUCCACAUCAAAAGAGUUUUUUAGGUCAGGAAAAGAGGCCAUUGCGUCCCCUUAUACCCGUCCCGCCCAGUGGUUCAGUGGUGCCUUUUCCUUCUCUUAAUGGGAGAAUUUUUAUACACGAGACUACUCCAACCAGUCUGGCUUCCACGAGGGAAAAUGGUUGUUUCAACAGAUUCACUCCACACCAACUAGGGCAGUUGCAUUGUUUGAUUUAUGAACAUGUGCAGCUUCUUAUUCAGAUAUUUUCCCUUUGUGUUCUUGAUCCUUCUCGGAAAAUUAUUGCCUCCCAUCUGCGGGGCCUAAUACUUGUAAUGCUUCAGAAACGUGACGAGGUAAUGGCACACAAAAGUGUGCCAUAUCCCGAUUUUUGUUUCCACCCUCAAUACAUGUUUUCAUCAGUGCCAAAUGAAGCAACCAAAAAUUGCCCUGCUCAGUGCACCUUUGAAUCAUCUCCAAUAUCUGAUGCACAUCUUGGAGUUCGCUCUUCUACAAACAUUCAGAUGCCAGCAUUGCAAAGUAUUUCCCCAUCUAAAGAAAGAAAUGAUUAUUUAUAUAAUGGGCGAACUGUUGAGAGCUCUUUCUGGGUGCCUCCUGUAAGUGGUCCAAUAUUAUCCAUCCUCGAUGUAGGUCCUCUUAAUUUUGUUGGGAGGUAUAUUGAUGAUGUUUAUACAGCUGUGCAGAAGAAUCGGCAACUUUAUAUGGAGUCUAGUUGUGAUACUCGCCUUGAGAGAGAACCUUUAUUCAACCUUCACUGUUUGUCUUCAUCAUCCUACUAUAAUAGUGAAAUUUUACGAAGCAGCGAUUCUCCGACCACCAAUGGGGUUCCAUCCACACCAAGUCAACAACAUCCGAGGAAGACGUUGGCAGCUUCAAUUGUUGAAAUUGCCAAGCAGCAGUCAAUUGCUUUUGUCCCGAAGGAAAUUGCGAAAUUAGCGCAGAGAUUUUUUCCAUUCUUCAAUCCGGCAUUAUUUCCCCAUAAACCGCCCCCUGCUUCUGUUGCAAAUCGGGUUCUGUUUACGGAUUCAGAGGAUGAAUUAUUAGCACUGGGAAUGAUGGAGUACAAUACAGAUUGGAGUGCUAUUCAACAACGUUUUCUUCCUUGCAAAUCUAAGCAUCAGAUUUUUGUUAGGCAGAAAAACCGUUGUGCUUCUAAGGCCCCAGAAAAUCCCAUUAAGGCAGUUCGAAGGAUGAAAACCUCCCCGUUGACUGCGGAAGAGAUAGAGCGUAUUCAGGAGGGCCUCAAGUUGUUUAAACUUGAUUGGAUGUCCGUUUGGAAAUUUGUUGUCCCUUAUAGAGAUCCAGGCUUAUUACCCCGACAUUGGCGUAUUGCUCGUGGUGCUCAAUGGUCCUCUAAGCUAGAUGCUGCUGAAAAGGAGAAACGGAGGUUGUAUGAAUCAAAAAGAAGAAUAUCCAAACUGGCUAAGUUGGCACAUUGGCAACGGGCUUCUGACAUUGAGGAUAAGUCAGUUGAGAAUGCUGUUGGGGAACAUACUAGCGGAGAUGAUUGUGUAGAGGAAGCCUACUUACAUGAGGCAUUUUUGGCAGAUUGGAGGCCAUGUGACUCAAGCCUCAGUUCUUCUGGUCAUCCUUGCUCAAACAUUGCAAACAGAAACUUAUCUGGUGAUAGAGUGUCAGGAGAUACUUCUUGCGUUGGUGAAGAACUAAAUAAUCAUGGAUUUGUGGAAGCUCAACCAAACAAUGAUAAUAUGCACAAGUUUCCAUCUUCAUCCAACUAUCCCCAACACACUUCAUCUAGUUACGCUCAUGUUAGAUAUUUUCCGUCUAAUAUCAUGCGACCGAACCAUAUGGUUUCCAAAGUGUCAUUAAAUAAGCCUAAAUCACCAAUACCUAUGCGACCAUAUCGAACCCGUAAUAUUAAUGGUGCUCACUUGGUGAAAUUAGCACCAGACUUGCCUCCUGUGAACCUUCCACCAUCUGUCCGGGUAAUAUCUCAGUCAGCCCUCGAAGGUAAUCAAUAUGCAGCAUCUGGAGCUGGUAGUAAUGGUGCAGGAAUACAAAAUGUAGUCCCUCUAUCCGAUCGUGCAAAGUCAGCAACUAUCCACUCAGUUACACCUGAUGGCGAUAGAAACCGUACAGUGAAAGACAUUGUUACAAAUUCAUUGCCUAGAGCACCUGGAGUUGUUACUGAUGAGCUUGUGUUGGAAGAGAGAGGCAACAUUUCAGAUCUUCAGAUGCAUCCUUUACUGUUCCAAGCACCUGAAGUUGGAUGCCUAAGACAUCACUCAUUGGCUUGUGGGGCUAGGACAACAAGUUCAUUUGGUUUCUUUCCUGGAAAUCAGCCUCAACUGAAUUUGAAUCUUUUCCAUAGUCCUUUCCAAGUAAGCCAUGGUGCUGCUUGUUCCAACAAAUCUUCGAAGACAAAGGAGUAUACUUCAGCAGCAGGUGGCAUUGACUUCCAUCCCCUCUUGCAGAGACUGGAUGAUGAAAAUAGUGACUUAGUAACGUCGUCAAUUGUGCACCAGUCUGUUUGUUUAAAAGACACAACUGCUCAACGUCAAAAGCCUUCUGAUACCGUGAAAAGUAAACCAUCAGUCCAUGAUGACUCAUUUCUUGCUGACUGUAAACACUCUAGCCCUAAUGAGAAGGCUAAUGAGCUAGACCUGGAGAUCUGUUUAAGCUCUAAGUCUGUGAAGGAGCAACGUAGGAGAAGUGGAAAUGUGGCUGCAAAUAAACAAAAAAGGUCUCUAAUAAGCACCUCUGAUUCCGGAGAUAAUAUGGAAACCCAAAAAACUGGCAGUUCACAGUAUCAGUGCAUUGAGAAUUGCUCUACUGUACAUAUAGAUUUUGUUCCAGGUGCUCAAGUGUCAGUUAUAGCAAGCAAUGACAUCAGCAGAUGCAGUCGUGAUGACGUAGGUGACUCGUCUCAUCCUGGUAUUGUGAUGGAACAGGAAGAGCUGAGUGACUCUGAUGAGGAAAUGGAUGGAAAUGUGAAGUUCGAGUGUGAGGAAAUGGCUGAUUCUGAUGGAGAGGAGACUUCAGGAUGUGAAGGAAUUGCUAAGAUGCCAGAUAAGGGGGAGCACAAAUUUACGGCAGUCAGGGUUGGAACGGAUGUGAAUUAUGAUGAUCAGGAAUGUGAGUUACAGGGCCCUGUUUAUUCUCAACGAAACAAUUCUCUUCCAAUUAACAGCAGUCCUUCCUUAAAGUCGAGUUUGACAAGCCAGGGGAUGGAUCCUACGAAAAAUGCAUGGCUAAGUUUGGAGUCAGGUGCCCCUGGUCACCAUGAAUGCAAGCAUGAGAAUAUGAUCGAGGAAGGAUCUCAUGCCAAUAAUUUUACUGGCCGUUCCAAUAGAUCUUGUAUGACAACAGAAUGCACAAACAACGAUGGUACAAAAACUCCUGCUGUGGAUAUGACCCAACAACUCAGCUUGGGUCCUAUAGUUGUUCCCUCGUUGAGGAAACCCAGGAAGCGUUCUUGCCGGACAAAUACAAGUCCGAGUAUGCAAAUGACAUUGGAAUGCCCACAGAGUGAUCAGAUAAGUAAGGCAGGUUGAUAAAAUGGACAAAAGUUGGAUCUUUCCUGGCCAACCCAAUUUUCAAGUGGUGGGGGCACAAAAAAAUGUUGAUCUUGCAUUGCGGUGUCUUCUUUCGCACUAGUAACUAGCGCUUUUAACUUGGAAUUCUUUAAUUUGUACACCUGCUGAUGGGUAAAAAAAGGUUUGAUUUCUUUUUAUUGUGAAUAUUAUCUGUUUAGGCAGUGUCUAGGCAAGUCACAUGUACAUACAAUUUUCCUUGUAUAUAUGGCGACCCCCCUACUUGGGGAUGAAAUGGCAUAAAGAUUGUCUCUCCUUCCUUUG